AUGAAUACCUCUACUCCUCCUCAAAAUACGACACCGACUACACCAUCAUCGUCAUCAUCAUCAUCAUCAUCAACUACGACUACGACAACUAAUACUACUACUGCACCUCCUUCAACCAACGUUGCUGUUGCUGUACCUGUAGUAGCAUCAUCUAGUACUAAUAGUAAUACUACGACGGUAGUAACUUCACCAUCAUCAUCAACAUCAUCAACAACAAAUCCUAUAGUACCUACAACUACAUCAUCAGUGACAUCACCAUCAACACCCGGAAAUAAUGUAACCGUUUCAACACCUUCACCUAAUUCAAUGGCUAAUAUCAUUGGAACUCCAACAACAAUGACUAAUAGUUUAGCUGCUGCUUCUCAAACUACUCCUACUCCUUCUCCUACAACCACAACUACAACUAAUACUACUACUGCUCCAACAACAACAACAAUUACAACGAUUCUAUCAUCAUCAUCAUCAACAUCAUCACCAACACCAUCAACAGCAAGAGAAAAAGAGAUUGAUUUGGCAGUACUAGAGUAUCUAAGAAAGCGAGGCUACUCUAAUGCCGAGAGUGUAUUUAAACAAGAAUCAAAUUUGGAUGAUCCUGCAAUAUCAGAAGGUGGUAGUGGUAGUGGUAGUAGUAAUACAACUACUGCAACAUCAUCAAAUAGUCAUACAAAUGGUACUACUGGAGCAAGUGGUGCAUCAUCAUCUUCAAAUAGUGAAUUGGAUGUCAGUAAUAUAUCUCAAUACCUCUUAUUUUACAAUCAAAAAGAGUAUUUGAAUCCACAAAAAUAUAUGGAUAGUUAUGUAAAGUUGAGAAAUUGGAUUCAUCAAUCUUUGGAUAUCUAUAAAUACGAAUUCCUAUCACUUUUAUAUCCUGUAUUUGUUCAUUGUUAUAUUGAUUUAAUUUCAAAAGGUUAUUCUGAAGAAGCAAUAGAAUUGAUGGAAAAACUUGGACCUGAACAUGAAGAAUUUUAUGGUGAUGAUUUAAAGUUGUUACGAGGUAUUAGAAAUAGUGAUCAUUUAAAGGAAAACGAAUUGGCAUAUACAUUUAGAAACAAUAGAUGGAACUUAAAGAUGUGUGCCUAUUCAUUUGAACUUUUAAUGGCAUUUUUACAUGAAUCUAAAUUUAUUCCAAUCAUUAGUAUUAUAAAUCAAUAUUUUAAUAUUAAAGUUAUAAAUACAAGACCAGGAAUAUUAGAUGAUGAAAAUUUAAUAUCUGGACAAAGUGAAAUUGAUACAAGUAAUGUAAAUUCAGUUCCCAUUUAUAGUGGAUUGUUCAAACCAGAUGAUGAAGAGGAGGAUGAAGAAAAAUCAAAAAAAUUAAAGAAAAAGAAACCAACCAAAGAAGAUGAUAGAUUAUGUAGAUCAAAAUCAAAUGUUCCUUUACCAAAAUUUACUGAUGCAUUUGAAGCAGAAUUAAAUAAUGAUAUAUCAAAAUGUGUAUCUUUAUCAGCAUCUUCAUUACCAUCGAUUUGUUGUUUUACAUUUUUCAAUACCUAUCAAGGAUUAAAUAGUAUUGAUAUUGCUAGAGAUGCUAGUAUGGUAGUUGGUGGAUUUUCAGAUUCAUCUGUAAAAUUGUGGAAUUUAAAGGAAUUGGCUGAAGGUGGUGGAUCGUCGAGUAACGUCGUAAAUACAGAUUUAUCAUCAUUGGAACAAUCAAAUAGUUCAUCAAACAAAAGAAAAACAAUUUCAUCAUCAACUACUUCAACUACUACAACUACUACAACUUCAACUUCAUCUACUUCUAAUUCUACUUCUUCAUCUUCAUCUACAUCAAAUAUUGAUAGUCAUUUUAAAACAUUUGUUGGACAUAGUGGACCAGUUUAUGGAACUUCGAUUAGUCCAGACAAUCAAUUUAUUUUAUCAUGUUCAGAGGAUUGUACCACUAGACUUUGGUCAUUAGAGACCAUGUCCAAUUUAGUGUGUUACAAGGGUCACAAUUACCCAGUUUGGGAUGUACAAUUCUCACCCUAUGGAUAUUACUUUGCAACCGCCAGUCACGAUAAAACAGCUCGUCUUUGGUCAACCAAUUAUCUUUCACCUUUAAGAAUUUUUACUGGUCAUUUAUCUGAUGUAAAUAGUGUUAAAUUUCAUCCAAAUAUAAAUUAUUUGGCAACUGUAUCAAGUGACAAGUCUGUAAGACUUUUUGAAGCACAUACUGGAAAGUGUGUACGUAUUAUGAUGGGACAUAGAGCACCUGUAUACAGUUUGGCAUUCUCACCAGAUGGACGAUUCUUGGCAACCGGCGGUGAGGAUAGUAGUGUCAUCUUGUGGGAUUUAUCAACUGGAAGAAAAAUGAAAACGCUAGAGGGUCACGCCAAGACUGUUCAUAGUCUUGACUUUUCAAUGGAUGGAAAUCUUUUGGCGUCGGCAUCGACCGAUUCAACGGUACGUCUUUGGGAUGUAAACAAAGCACUUACAAGCAGUCUCAGUGUCAAUGGACAACCGAUUAUCGAAACACCAACCAGCAAAUCAAUGGGUGGAUCAUCUCAACAAAAUGCAGCCAACAAAAAAUCCAGACUCAAACAAAAAAGAGUAUCACCAGAAUUAAUCGAAACCUAUCCAACCAGACAAACUCCUAUAUUUAAUGUAACAUUCUCUAGAAGAAAUUUAUUAUUAACUUCUGGUCCUUUAACAAAUUUAUCUUCAAUGUCUUAUUUAACUACUUUUUAA